AUGAAGCGUUAUGUUUACAUCGAUGAUGAUGAGUCAUCUCACGAUCUUUACUGUGAUAAUCGAAUAUCAAAUAGAAAAUAUACUUUAUUGAACUUUCUUCCAAAAAAUUUAUGGGAACAAUUCAGCCGAUUCAUGAAUCAGUACUUUUUGCUGAUAGCUUGCCUGCAGUUAUGGCCUCUUAUUACUCCAGUAAAUCCUGCCAGUACAUGGGGUCCACUUAUCUUUAUUUUUGCAGUCUCUGCAUCAAAAGAGGCAUGGGAUGAUUACAAUAGAUAUCUUUCAGACAAAAAGGCAAAUCAGAAGGAAGUAUGGGUUGUUAGGAAAGGUGUCAAAAAUCUUAUUCAAGCCCAAGAUAUUCAUGUAGGUAAUAUAAUAUGGCUACGUGAAAAUGAUGAAGUGCCUUGUGACCUUGUUUUGAUUGGCACAUCUGAUCCUCAAGGAGUUUGCUAUAUAGAGACUUCUGCACUGGACGGUGAAACUGAUUUAAAGACGCGGGUCAUACCUUCUGCUUGCAUGGGAAUUGAUGUUGAACUAUUACACAAAAUUAAGGGUGUAAUUGAGUGUCCCAGUCCAGAUAAAGACGUCAGAAGAUUUGAUGCAAACAUGCGUUUGUACCCCCCCUUUAUUGAUAAUGAUGUAUGCCCGUUAACCAUUAAAAACACAAUUCUUCAGUCUUGUUACUUGAGAAAUACUGAGUGGGCAUGUGGAGUUGCUAUCUAUACAGGAAAUGAAACCAAAUUGGGCAUGAGUAGGGGUAUCCCAGAACCAAAGCUCACUGCUAUGGAUGCCAUGAUCGACAAGUUGACUGGUGCUAUAUUUAUAUUCCAAAUUGUUGUUGUAUUGGUUCUUGGCAUAGCGGGUAAUGUUUGGAAGGACACAGAAGCAAGGAAACAAUGGUAUGUUCUUUACCCUCAUGAAGGCCCUUGGUAUGAGUUAUUGGUAAUCCCUUUGCGGUUCGAGCUUCUUUGUUCUAUCAUGAUACCCAUUUCAAUUAAGGUAUCUCUGGAUUUAAUGAAGAGCUUGUAUGCAAAGUUUAUUGACUGGGACCAUCAAAUGAUUGACCUCGAGACUAGCAUUCCAUCUCAUGCAACAAAUACAGCGAUAAGCGAGGACCUUGGACAAGUAGAGUACAUUUUGACAGACAAAACAGGCACCCUGACUGAAAAUAAGAUGAUAUUUAGAAGAUGUUGUAUUAGUGGCAUUUUCUAUGGAAAUGAUAAUGGAGAUGCAUUGAAAGAUGUAGAGCUUCUUAAUGCUGUUUCCAGUGGUUCUUCUGAUGCUGUACUAUUUGUUACAAUUAUGGCGAUAUGUAAUACUGUCAUACCUACACGAAGCAAAACUGGAGAUAUCCUGUAUAAGGCACAAUCUCAGGAUGAAGAUGCUCUUGUUCAAGCUGCAGCUCAGCUGCAUAUGAUUUUCUUCAAUAAAAGUGGAAACAUUCUUGAAGUCAAGUUCAACACUACUAUACUUCAGUAUGAAGUCCUGGAGAUCUUAGAGUUCACUUCUGAUAGGAAAAGAAUGUCAGUAGUGUUGAAAGAUUGCCAAAAUGGAAAGAUCCUUCUCCUGUCAAAAGGAGCAGAUGAAGCUAUUCUUCCAUAUGCUCGUGCUGGGCAGCAAACCCGUCACUUCAUUGAAGCUGUGGAACAAUAUGCUCACUUGGGAUUACGUACACUAUGUUUGGCUUGGCGUGAGUUAAAGAAAGAUGAAUAUCAAGAUUGGUCUUUGAUGUUUAAAGAAGCCAGUAGCACUUUGGUUGAUAGGGAGUGGAGAGUAGCCGAGGUCUGCCAAAGAGUAGAACAUGACAUGGAAAUUCUUGGUGUUACGGCGAUAGAAGAUCGCUUACAGGAUGGAGUUCCUGAAACAAUAGAAACACUAAGGAAAGCUGGAAUAAAUUUUUGGAUGCUAACAGGAGACAAACAGAAUACUGCAAUACAAAUUGCCCUGUCAUGUAAUUUUAUUUCCCCAGAACCGAAGGGUCAGCUUCUACUAAUUGAUGGAAAAACAGAAGAUGAAGUUUGUAGAAGUUUAGAAAGAGUGCUUCGUACAAUGCGGAUAACUACCUCAGAGCCCAAGGAUGUGGCUUUUGUUGUUGAUGGAUGGGCUCUUGAGAUAGCACUUAAACACUACCGCAAAGCUUUCACUGAGCUGGCAGUAUUGUCAAGGACUGCUAUAUGCUGUCGUGUGACACCGUCGCAAAAAGCACAGCUUGUACAGAUAUUAAAAUCAUGUGAUUAUAGAACAUUGGCAAUUGGUGAUGGAGGAAAUGAUGUAAGGAUGAUACAACAAGCAGAUAUUGGUGUGGGCAUAAGUGGCAGAGAAGGAUUGCAGGCAGCAAGAGCAGCUGAUUACAGCAUUGGAAAGUUUAGAUUCCUAAAGAGAUUAAUUUUGGUCCAUGGCCGGUAUUCAUACAACCGUACAGCAUUUCUCUCCCAAUAUUCAUUCUACAAGUCCUUAUUGUUAUGCUUCAUCCAAAUCUUUUUUUCAUUUAUUUCAGGUGUCUCUGGAACCAGCCUCUUCAAUUCUGUUAGCUUGAUGGCUUAUAAUGUUUUCUAUACUAGUGUUCCUGUUCUGGUAAGUGUGCUUGACAAAGAUCUUAGUGAGGAAACUGUGCUCCACCAUCCUCAAAUUUUAUUCUACUGCCAAGCAGGAAGGCUUCUAAAUCCUAGUACAUUUGCUGGAUGGUUUGGGCGAUCCCUUUUCCAUGCAGUAGUUGUAUUUAUAAUAAGCAUACAUUCAUAUGCCUAUGAUAAGAGUGAAAUGGAGGAGGUUUCAAUGGUUGCACUUUCUGGUUGUAUAUGGUUGCAGGCUUUUGUAAUAACAAUGGAGACCAAUUCAUUUACAAUAUUGCAACAUCUUGCUAUAUGGGGCAACUUGGCUGCCUUUUAUGUCAUCAACUGGAUCUUUAGUGCUCUUCCUUCGUCAGGGAUGUAUACAAUUAUGUUCCGGUUGUGCCGACAACCAUCAUAUUGGAUAACAAUAUUUCUCAUGACUGCAGCUGGGAUGGGUCCGAUCCUAGCCAUCAAGUACUUUAGAUAUACAUAUAAAUCGAGCAAAAUCAAUAUACUUCAGCAGGCCGAACGCGUAGGGGGACCAAUUUUGUCUCUUGCCACCAUUGAGCCUCAGCUCAGAUCUAUGGAGAAAGAUGUUUCUACCUUGUCAAUAGCACAACCCAAAAACAGAAAUCCUGUAUUUGAACCUCUGCUAUCAGAUUCUCCAAAUUCUACGAGAAGAUCUUUUGGACCAGGAGCACCAUUUGAUUUUUUUCAGCCACAGUCAAGAUUAUCAUUUUCUAACUACACAAGAAAUAGCAAGGAUAAAUAA